UCAUACCAGCCGCACUUCCACAUUCCCCUCUCUCUCUCUCUCUCUCUCUCUCUCUCUCUCCAUGUAUAUACACACGCAUGUAUAUAUCUCUAUCACCACAAUCGUUCCCUUUUAAAACCCAUCACUAAUGUGCUUAUAAAUGCGCGUAAUAAUUCAGUCCCUACACAACAGAGAUAGAUGAUUCUCUCUCCAGAGUGACAAUUGAGUACUUUAGAGAGAGAGAGAGAGAGAGAGAGAGAGAGAGAGGAGUAUCUAUUGGCUGAGAUUGGGAGGCUAGGCCAUGUUGUUGUUAAGAAAAAGCAUCGGUUUGGCUUUUGUUUUGGUGGUUUUGGGGUUCCAGAUAUGUUCAGCUGCACAGAUCAACAGAGCAAGUUUCCCAAAGGCCUUUGUUUUCGGGACUGCCUCUUCAGCAUACCAGUAUGAAGGAGCAGUGAAAGAGGAUGGAAGAGGACCAACAGUGUGGGAUAAAUUUGCACACUCAUUUGGAAAGGUUCUUGAUUUCAGUAACGCUGAUGUUGCCGUUGACCAGUACCACCGAUUCGAUGAAGAUAUACAACUAAUGAAGGACAUGGGUAUGGAUGCAUACAGGUUUUCGAUUGCCUGGUCGAGGAUUUUCCCUAAUGGAACUGGAGAAAUUAAUCAGGCAGGAGUUGACCACUAUAACAAUCUUAUCAAUGCUUUACUUGCCCAAGGAAUUCAACCGUAUGUAACCCUAUACCAUUGGGACCUUCCUCAAGCAUUGGAAGACAGAUACAACGGAUGGCUUAACCCUCAAAUCAUCAAGGACUUUGCAAUAUACGCCGAAACGUGUUUUCAGAAAUUCGGGGACAGAGUGAAGCACUGGAUCACCUUCAACGAGCCUCACACGUUCACCACGCAAGGCUACGACGUCGGCCUCCAGGCUCCGGGCCGUUGCUCCGUCUUCCUCCUCCCCUUCUGCCGGGCUGGAAAUUCCAGGACCGAGCCUUACAUCGCUGCCCACAACGUUCUCCUUUCCCAUGCCACUGCGGCCGAUAUUUACCGAAAGAAAUACAAGCCGAAACAACGCGGAGCGCUUGGGGUAGCGUUCGAUGUCAUUUGGUACGAACCGGCAACGAACUCCACGGACGACCUGAUAGCAACACAAAGAGCUCAAGAUUUUCAGUUAGGCUGGUUUGUCGAACCUCUGAUUUUGGGAAAUUACCCGAACACAAUGAUCGACAGAGUUGGAGACAGGUUGCCAAGAUUUACAAAAGCAGAGUCUGCUCUUGUCAAGGGGUCCUUGGAUUUUGUGGGCAUAAAUCACUACACAACAUUUUAUGCAAGGAAUGAUACCUCCAACAUAAUGGGAGUCCUCCUCAAUGACGCUUUUUCGGACUCCGGUGCCAUUACCCUCCCAUUCAAAGAUGGAUUAAAGCCAACAGCAGACCGGGCAAAUUCUAUAUGGUUAUACAUAGUGCCUCAUGGGAUCAGAAGCUUAAUGAAUUACAUCAAGGAAAAGUAUGGGAACCCUCCGGUCAUCAUCACUGAAAAUGGAAUGGACGAUGCGAAUAACCCAUUCACUUCGCGAAAAGAUGCCCUGAAGGAUGAAAAGAGGAUCAAAUACCACGACGUCUAUCUCUCCAACUUGCUAGCUUCUAUUAAAGAGGAUGGAUGCAAUGUGAAGGGUUACUUCGUGUGGUCUCUGCUGGACAACUGGGAGUGGGCAGCAGGAUUCACCUCUCGCUUCGGUCUCUAUUUUGUGGAUUACAAUGACAAGCUGAAGCGUUACCCCAAGGAUUCGGUUCAAUGGUUCAAGACCUUCCUCACUAGCUAACGCAUAGCUUACAGAAGAAAAUUUGAGUUGCAGAAGCCCAAAAGGGUUGUUUGGUCACAUGCAUUGCUUUCUUAAUCACCUUUACUAAAAUUCCAUUUAUAAAUAAAACUAUAAAGGACUUUGAAUUUUAUGCUUUGAUUUUAGUGCUAUGAUGCAUAAAUAUGCAUUCUUUGUUUGGUACGGAAAUUCAUUUAUUUGGAUCUCCCUGUCCGGACUCU